UCGCAGACUAAGCAGAAGAAAGAUCAAAAAACGAGAAAGAGAAGAGCGAACGGGUACUUUCAAGAACAAUCCCCUCACCUCCUCGCCGCAGUGAUCCAGGGAUCCAAAGUCAGUGCCUGCGGAAGACAAAGGCGCCGAGGGAGCAGCGGCUACCCCAGGGCGUGGGCCCGCUGCGGAGCCCGCUCGGUCCGGCCGCCCCGAAAACUUGGACCAUGUCUCCCUCCCCGCGAACCUCCCGCAGCCUCCUGCUCCCCCUGCUCACGCUCGGUACCGCUCUCGCCUCCCUCGGCUCGGCCCAAAGCAGCAACUUCAGCCCCGAAGCCUGGCUACAGCAGUAUGGCUACCUGCCUCCUGGGGACCUACGAACCCACACACAGCGCUCACCCCAGUCACUCUCAGCUGCCAUUGCUGCCAUGCAGAGAUUCUACGGUUUGCAAGUGACAGGCAAGGCUGAUCCAGACACCUUGAAGGCCAUGAGGCGUCCCCGCUGUGGUGUUCCAGACAAGUUUGGGGCUGAGAUCAAGGCCAACGUUCGAAGAAAGCGCUAUGCCAUCCAAGGCCUCAAAUGGCAGCAUAAUGAGAUCACUUUUUGCAUCCAGAAUUAUACCCCAAAGGUGGGCGAGUAUGCCACAUUCGAGGCCAUCCGAAAGGCUUUCCGUGUAUGGGAGAGUGCCACACCACUGCGCUUCCGCGAAGUGCCCUAUGCCUACAUCCGAGAAGGCCAUGAAAAGCAGGCGGACAUCAUGAUCUUGUUUGCUGAGGGUUUCCAUUUUGAUGUGAUGGCUUGGAGGGCCCCAAGGACACACUUUGACUCUGCUGAGCCCUGGACUGUCCAGAAUGAGGAUCUGAAUGGGAACGAUAUCUUUCUGGUGGCUGUGCACGAGUUGGGCCAUGCCCUGGGCCUGGAACAUUCCAAUGAUCCCUCAGCCAUCAUGGCACCUUUCUACCAGUGGAUGGACACAGAGAACUUCGUGCUGCCUGAUGAUGAUCUCCGGGGCAUUCAGCAACUUUAUGGGAGUGACUCAGGAUCACCCACCAAGAUGCCCCCUCAACCCAGGACUACCUCCCGGCCCUCCAUCCCUGAUAAGCCCAAAAACCCAACCUAUGGACCCAACAUCUGUGAUGGAAACUUUGACACUGUGGCUGUGCUCCGAGGGGAGAUGUUUGUUUUCAAGGAGCGCUGGUUCUGGCGGGUGAGAAAUAACCAAGUGAUGGAUGGAUACCCAAUGCCCAUUGGCCAGUUCUGGAGGGGCCUGCCUCCAUCCAUCAAUACUGCCUAUGAGAGGAAGGAUGGCAAAUUUGUCUUCUUCAAAGGAGAUAAGCAUUGGGUGUUUGAUGAGGCUUCCCUGGAACCUGGCUACCCCAAGCACAUUAAGGAGCUGGGCCGAGGGCUACCUACUGACAGGAUUGAUGCUGCUCUCUUCUGGAUGCCCAAUGGAAAGACCUACUUCUUCCGGGGAAAUAAGUACUACCGUUUCAAUGAGGAGUUCAGGGCAGUGGACAGCGAGUACCCCAAAAACAUCAAUGUCUGGGAAGGAGUCCCUGAGUCUCCCAGAGGGUCAUUCAUGGGCAGUGAUGAAGUCUUCACUUACUUCUACAAGGGGAACAAAUACUGGAAAUUCAACAACCAGAAGCUGAAGGUAGAGCCAGGCUACCCCAAGUCAGCCCUGAGAGACUGGAUGGGCUGCCCAUCAGGGGGCCGACCAGAUGAGGGGACUGAGGAAAAGACGGAAGUGAUCAUCAUCGAGGUGGACGAGGAGGGCAGUGGAGCCGUGAGUGCAGCUGCCAUUGUGCUGCCUGUAUUGCUGCUGCUCCUGGUGCUGGCAGUAGGCCUUGCAGUCUUCUUCUUCAGACGCCAUGGAACCCCCAAGCGAUUGCUCUACUGCCAGCGUUCUCUGCUGGAUAAGGUCUGACCCCCAUCGCUGGCCCACCCACUCCUACCAUGAGAACUUUUGUCUCUGAAGGCAGUGGCAGCAAGAGGUGUUGGGUGGGCUGCUCCCACCUAUCCUGACCCCUUCCCUCCAAACUCCCUUUCUGUCCCUUGGCUGGCCUCUCCCACCCUCACCCCUGGCAUUGCUUCUUCCCUAGACGGGUCCCCUGAGGACUAAGCGGAAUCCCUUCCAGCCUCUGGCCCUCAGGGGAGCCCUGUAGCUUGGUGUGUGUGCCGCCCCAUCUGAAUGUCAUGGGAGUUCUGCACUUGAAGGCAGAAUUCUCAGACCUCACUGGCCAAGGUCAAAUGGGGUCAUCUCCUUUUCUAUCCCCUGACAUACCUUAAACCUCUGAACUCUGACCUCAGGAGGCUCUGGACACUGCAGUCUUGCAAUUCCUAGGUGUACUUACUUGGCAGCCUCCUACCACUCUUUUGGCUGAAAGGAAUCUAAUCUUGUUGAAGGGAGGGCAGAGGCCAUGAGAGAGUGUGAGGGCUGGGGACUGCUCUACCACCUUGAGACCUUCGGAGAAAAACUCAAAGGGGGUCUUGGUGGCUCGCUCUGUCACGUUCCUCUCCACAAAGAUCUGCCUCUGCCCUCCCUAUCCUGAAGAACUUCCAAAGAAGAGCCUGAGCCAUUAAGGACUAAACUGGGGCUGAGGAAACUUGGCAGCCCUAGCCCCUCUCGAAUGUUAGCCUUGGAUGAGGAUUUCAAGGUUGGAAUAGCUAAAACCAGGGGCUGUGGCCCAAAGUGGAGUGGGGCCAUGGGGAGACACCGUGUCUGGAGCCCUAGGAAUGAGCCUGAAGAAUCUUGCUCAAAUGCAGGCAGCUGGGGCUGGGACCCAAGGCAGAGCAGUCAAGGGGCAGGAAAUGAAGUUUGGCUGAACAGGCCACAAAGGGUGCCACAGGGUGGGCUGCGGUACCCAAGAGAGAGCGCGUUUUACUGGGGCUCUCAGGAAGGGCCCUAAGGAAGGCACACUGGCUUCUCGUUGUCCCCUUUCUUACUGACCAGAAAUCAUGGAAGGGAUGGGUGGGAAGCCCAGAGACAGAAGUAAAAAUAGAGGGACUGGGACUCGGGGACCUAACUGAGAGAAAUCACCUACUUGUGGGACCAGAGGAGGUUCCCAGAGGCCUGGCAGCAUUUAGUCUACCUUCUACCCCAGUGAGAGGCAGGUGCCUGGCUGCUUCUUGGUGGGGUUGGCCCCUUACUUCCCUGAUGGCUACAUUCAGUCUAUCAUCCUGUCCUGUCCUCCCUCUCCCCACCCAG